UACCUCUUUAACAGUCCCGUGUUUCUAUUCAAAUGCCUCGGCUCGGUUUUAGACUCUUCUAAUGAUGAGUCUCUAACUCAGAAACAGAUUGUUGGUUGUGCAUGGCUGAGAAAUUGUCCCGAGUUACCUAAACAAAUGCCUCGUCUCAGUUUUAGACUCUUCUAACGAUGAGUCUUUAACUCAGAACAGAUUGUUGGUGGUGCAUAAAUGAGAAACUAUGUCUCUUGUUGCCUUUUCAAAUGCCUCGGCUCAGUUUUAGACUCUUCUCAUGAUGAGUUUUUGUUUAUGAAAUGAGAAACAGAUAUUUGGUGCUGCAUGGCUAAGAAAUUAUGUCCCGUGUUACUUAUACAAAUGCCUCGGCUCGGUUUUAGACUCUUCUAGCGAGGAGUCUCUAACUCAGAAACAGACUGUUGGUGGUAGAUGAAUGAGAAACUAUGGCCCAUUUCAAAUGCCUCGGCUCAGUUUAGACUCUUCUCAUGAUGAGUUUCUGGGUAUGAAAUGAGAAACAGAUUGUUGGUGGUGCAUGAAUGAGAAACUACGUCCCAUGUUGCCUUUUCAAAUGCCUCGGCUCAGUUUUAGACUCUUCUCAUGAUGAGUUUUGGAUAUUGAAUGAGGGUGGAAGAUAUUGAUCCGGAUUUUUCCAUCAGAUUGGUUGGUUGAGCUGGACUUGGUCGAUUAGGUGCUCCAUGGUAAAGCUUGAUGAAACUAGAAGAUUAAAUGUGACUUAUGUAAUGGAUCUUGGAGCAAGAAAAAGAUCUGCUCGUUUAUAUGCACUUAUGAGAAAAACACAAUCUCUGUGGAAGAUUAGUGUUUUCUUAAGCCAUUUUUUGAUGGACUAUGUUCAAGGAGUACCUCACAGCCUCACAAAUGAUGAAUCUCUUCUUCCACAAGACAUACUUUGUGAGUUCCUACGGAGUGAGAAAAUCAGUCUCACUCAUCCUCUGGAAGCAAAUGGUGUUUUAGACCUGUUUCUAAACAUCUUAAAGCUUCUGCGUUCUUUCGAUCUGAUGUUCACUCAGAAAAGUCAAGCACUUGAUUGGACAAAGAACGAGACUGAAGGAGAAAUGUUAGAUACAACUUCUGUUCUGGCGACAGAGAUAGAUAUUAGUCUGAUAUAUACCAAAACAAAGGUAACAAUUCAUUCACCACGUACACUCUUGUCUCAAUGGGUUUGCUCACAAGGAGGUCGGUUAACCGUUCGGUUAUGCUCGGUUUCGGUAAUUGGAGACUGGGAUGGUGUUCUCAGCAAAUUCCGGAAUCUGCAUAUUCGACCUGAGAUUCAAUUUUUUGAAAAUGCUAUGCAGAGGGACCAGUUGGUAUCAAAAGUAUCUGAAGACUAAGUAAAGCUUUUUCAAUGUUACAGGAAAUGGAUAUUGAUGUAUAUACAACAAGUGUUUAGAAUACAACAUCCUGAUUGUUAUGAUCAUUGGAUAAAGAUAGUUAAAUACCAUUCUUCCAAAGUCAUCACUUUUGUUACACAAACUCAGUUUGCAUUUCUUCUGAUGUACUGUUUGGUCGGUGCUGUAAACACUUUUGUGUUUUUCAGUUCCUGUAAAAGGAAGCUUUCUUAAAA